AUGCAUACCACAAAGUCAUCAUCCGCUUCCAAGAACGCAAAGCGAGCAAGAAGAAUUAUUACAUCCCUCGAUGCAUGCCUGCACAUUGUCGAUACUUUACGACCUGCUAAUUGGAAACCCAACCGUCUCAUUGGAGCGUGGGUGAACCAGAAGUGCCAAUAUCCUAAGACGUUGGAAAAGCUCAACAAAAUUAGGAAAGGUGUGGGCUUGCCGGCGUGGUCUGCGCAGGGUGGUAGUGUUACUAAUGAGAGCACUACUGCUACCACCACCAAUGAUAGUGGCAUGGCUGCUGCCAGUCCUAAAUUACAGCUCGAACCUGAGCUCAAUCCUGUUGAGAAACUUGCAGAUGCUUACUUUGACGUAAGCGAUGCUGAAUCCGAAGACACGGUUAUAGUCAAGCCACAGCCUUUGAAGACACUUGCGGAUACGUUCCUUGGCUCUCAAGGCAAUGCUAAACCUGAAGACAAGCUUCCUGCUAAGCCAGACCCUGUUGGGAAGACUUCCGUUGGCUCCAGUGGUACUAGUACUACCACCACGAACACCAAAGAGAGCCAAAAACCCAAUGCAGAGGGUGGAAAGGCCACUGGAUCCAAAGACACGGUCUCCCUUGACUUCAGUCCUUUUGCGUCGCUUACAAGGCUCGGCAAGCAUAAUCCCAACCAUACUACUACUACAAAGAGUCAAGCAACGUCCAAUGCUGGUUCUAAAGCUACGGUUAACCCUCAGUCCUACCUCGUUAAGUCAUUGGGCCCUAGCUUCGGUGCUACUUUUACUAGUACUGCUGCUGCUAAAAACACCGGAAAGAGCCAAGAAACAUCCGGUAAAAAUGCUGCUACAUCUCAAAGAAAUGCCGGAACUAAUAACAAGGGCUCCACUGAUCCUAACCUUCUUAUGAAAAUGGGAGGUCCCUUCAUCUUCAGCAUCACAGGUAGUAAUACUACUACCAUCAACACCAACAUCAAACCCACAGUCCCCAAAGAGUCCACGAACCCAUUCGACCACAUCGCAUCCAAAGCGGCAGACGAGUGGGCAUACAGAAAGACACAAGGCAAGACAAACCGUCAAAUCGACGAACUGAUGACCUACCAAGGGCUGUGGAACGUCAAGCAGCAGUUUCUGGCCAUCAAGUCCCAUGUUGAUGUCUGCCUGAAGCAACGACAGGAUCCGAAGAAAGACCGGUAUAGCAUCGUUUUUCAAGGGAACCUGGGAACUGGAAAAAUGACCGUUGCACACUUGUUCUUCCAGGAUUAUGCUAGCCCUCCCUACCGCGUCGCUGGUGGUGUGCUCUUCAUCGACGAGGCGUACCAGCUCGUUUCCGCGCACGCAAGUGUACAAGGGAAACGGAUCCUCGACCUGAUUCUCACAGCCAUGGAAGACGCCGUGGGUAAGAUGGCAGUCAUCUUCGUCGAAUAUAAAGAUGAGAUGGAGUAAUUCUUCGAGCAUAACCCAGGUCUCUCCAGCCGGAUUCCGUGGGUCAUUGACUUGGAAACUUCAACGAGGCUGAGCUGUGGAAUAUCCUGUACAGUUGUAUAAGAGGCAGUAUGGUAGGAAUAUGAGAGUUGAGGGUGGGUUCGAUGGAUUGCCCAUGCAGAUUGCUAUUCGACGGCUUGCAGAGACAUCUGAUGGGAGAGUUUUUGGAAAUGCAAGGGCAGUCAAUAAUAUUCUCAUGCAGAUCGCGCGACGCCAAAGUUAGCGGUUGAUUUAGGAGAAGAGAGAGCGCCCUAUUGAGACCUUGGACUAUCU